UUUGCGCAGACAGAUCGUUGCGUGUGGACGGGCCUUAAAAGUUCUCUGCCCCACACAGUUUUCAGAAUAUCCGUGUUCGACCGCUCGCUGUUCACUUAGCACUUGCUAGGCGUUGUGCACAAUCGAUAUUGCUACACCACGGUUUGUUUAUGUGUGGUGCGUUACAAUGGUGAAUGUUAGGUGGUGUAAAUUCAGUAAUUGUCACAAACGGUAUAGAAAUCUUUCGUCAUCAACAAAAAACAACAAAGAUCGCUAUUUUAUAACAACACCGAUUUUCUAUGUAAAUGCUUCACCUCACCUCGGACAUUUGUACACUGCCGUCAUAGCGGACGCACUUCAAAGAUUUCAGCGGUUGGUGUAUGGCACAAAGUGCAUUUUCAGCACGGGUACUGACGAGCAUGGCACGAAAGUACAGCAGGCUGCCGCUUCUGCCAAAAUGGAUGUGCCGACUUAUUGCUCUUAUAUAUCGAAUAAAUAUAAAGCUACAUUUCAUCAGUUCGAUGUUGGUUUUACCGAUUAUGUAAGAACAACACAAGAAAGACAUAAAGCAGCAGUUGAACAUUUCUGGAAUGAUUUAAGGAAAGGUGGAUACAUAUAUAAAGGUCAGUAUCAUGGCUGGUACUGUGUGUCUGAUGAGACAUUUCUGGCAGCAUCUCAACUGCGGGAGGAAGUUGGCCGUGAUGGGUCGUUAUGCAAAGUUUCUGUGGAAUCUGGCCAACCUGCUGAGUUUACAGUAGAAGAUAACUAUAUGUUUCGCUUGAGUAAUUUUCAGCAAGAUUUGCUUCACUGGCUUCGUGAUGAAAAUUCUGUACAUCCCUCCAAAUUCAGAAAACAACUGGAAAAAAUGGUCCAUGAAGGUUCAGUGCUGCAAGAUCUCUCUGUUUCUCGCCCAAGGGAACGUGUUCCAUGGGGCAUACCUGUACCAGAUGACCCUAAUCAUACAGUUUAUGUUUGGCUAGAUGCCCUUGUAAACUAUCUCACUGUUGCGGGUUAUCCUGAACAUGACUUCGCUUGGCCGCCAGAUGUGCAGGUUGUUGGGAAAGACAUACUGAAGUUUCAUGGUGUCUACUGGCCAGCAUUCCUCAUUGCUGCUGGUAUUCAGCCACCACGCACAUUACUCUGUCAUUCACAUUGGACUGUUGAUGGUGAGAAGAUGUCGAAGUCUCGACAAAAUGUGGUUGAUCCUGCUGCACUAAUUCACGACUUCACUUCAUGUGGAGUGCGAUACCUGUUGCUCAGGGAAGGAGUGCCACAUUCUGAUGGAAAUUAUAGUACAACAAAGGCUGUGCGCAUAUUGAAUUCUGAACUUGCUGACACACUUGGUAACUUGUUGAAUCGAUGUUGUGGUAUGGCUAUUAAUCCUGAUCAGAUAUACCCACGAUUCUGUGACGACACGUACCGACAGUACUGUCUGCUCAAUGGAGCUAAGCUAAAAGAUACAGCCACACAUCUGGCAGGUGCGGUUAAAGAGCACUUUGAAGAAUUUAAUUUUCAUCGUGCCGUUGACACAAUUAUAGGAAUCUUACAUGAGGCAAAUCGGUUUUUUGAACUGCAGCGGCCUUGGGAAGCACACAUGGAAAAGCGCAAUGCAUCAAUUCACUUGGUAAUGGAAACACUUAGAGUAAGCAGUGUGUUACUGUUGCCAAUUGCACCACGUCUAGCAGAACGGGUGUUACACAGGUUGGGAACACCACCAAGUGCCAGAGAUUGGGCAAGCUUACAGACUCUAAGUUGGAGUGGUGGAAACAUUGGCGGUUGGAAGCUGGGAACAGAUCGUUCAGCACUGUUUAGGAGGCUACAGUUCAAGUAAGAAGUUAAAUUGGAGGAGUACAAAGAAAGGCGACCAGAUGCUCAUAGAAACAGGCACAAUUGCGGCUAUUUUAAAUGGAAAUAUUGGAACAUACUGUCAUAGUAGUUGAUGUACAGGGAUCCAGUUGUUCAGUUGUACAAUGAAUUUCCUUGUUGUGUGCGAUUUGUGAUAUGAAGUCGAUUGUUCAUUAUCAACAGAUGCUGUAUUUCUUUGCUUCUUUUUAUGAAAAGUAGGCAAUGAACUAUUAUCUUUUGUAAUAAAUGUUUUCCCAUAAUUGUGGAUAACUGUGUGACAACAAAAAAAUGAUGACUUGUGAUUUUUGUAGACCAUACGGCAAUUAAGAGUGGAAAAUACAUAGCAAAUAAUUCUAGACAUUGGUCAUAAGUGGUACUGUGAGAUGAAUAAAUUGUCACAGGAGAGGAAAUCAUGCUGGGCUUCAGCAAAUCAGUCAGAGUAAUGGUGAUCCCUUAAAUAAUAUGCUGUCAAGAUUUUGAUCUAUGCUAUCUCAGGUCAAAUUAUUAACCCAUUCUGCGUCUGCAAUUCCAAAUGGCAUCAUUAAUUAUUCCUGGCUUUUUUUGGCCUCCCAGUGCUUCAAUGAUACUGUUUGGCAUCGCUUCACGUAGUUCCAAGUUUGGCCAACAGAUCACAGUGGCGUUUGCUUUCAUGACUCACCGUUUGUUUGAAGUGCAGAACAGAGAAGUGUCGCGAGUUGUGCUACUGCAUUUGUGAGUGAACAAUAACUGUUGUGUUUAGUUUUAUUCUGUGAAUACUGAAAUUCUUGGUUAUGGAACCAACUUUAUGUAGUUCUUCAAGGGCAAGGGAAAGAAAUAUGGUAUGUUUACAGUACAGUUAUUUAUGUAU